AUGUCAAGCACAGCCGGUCAGGUGAUUAAGUGCAAAGCCGCGGUGGCAUGGGAGGCUGGAAAGCCUUUAGUGAUUGAAGAAGUGGAGUUGGCACCACCUCAGGCAAAUGAAGUCCGGAUGAAGAUUCUCUUCACUGCUCUUUGCCACACUGAUGUUUACUUCUGGGAAGCCAAGAUUGGUAAACUUUCAACAUGCUCAAAUUAUACUGGUGCGGUUGAGGUUGUAUUCAUUUCGCAGUUGAAACUAAAAUGUUCCAUUAUAUUGCAGGGGCAAACACCGAUGUUUCCUCGCAUAUUUGGUCAUGAAGCGGGAGGAAUUGUGGAGAGUGUAGGGGAGGGUGUGACUGAGCUCAAACCUGGAGACCAUGUUCUCCCUAUCUUCACUGGAGAAUGCGGGAAAUGCAGCCACUGUAAUUCAGAGGAGAGCAACUUGUGUGACACUCUUCGGAUCAAUACUGAGAGAGGUGUUUUGCUCAAUGAUGGAAAGACAAGAUUCUCCAAAAAUGGAAAGCCCAUUUACCACUUUCUUGGCACCUCCACAUUUAGCGAAUACACUAUUGCUCACGUUGGCUGUGUUGCCAAGAUCAACCCUGCAGCCCCACUUGACAAAGUUUGUGUACUUAGUUGUGGAGUAUCCACAGGUAUGGGUGCCACUUUGAAUGUUGCAAAACCCAAGAAGGGUCAAUCUGUAGCUGUCUUUGGAUUGGGUGCUGUUGGCCUUGCAGCAUGUGAAGGCGCAAGGAUGGCUGGGGCUGGAAAAAUCAUUGGUGUUGAUCUGAACCCUGAUCGUUUCAACGAGGCCAAAAAGUUUGGUGUUACUGAUUUUGUGAAUCCAAAAGAUCAUGACAAGCCAGUUCAAGAGGUGAUUGCUGAGAUGACCAACGGAGGAGUGGAUCGGGCUGUUGAAUGUACUGGGAGCUUCCAGGCCAUGAUCCAAGCAUUUGAAUGCGUUCAUGAUGGUUGGGGUGUUGCUGUACUUGUUGGAGUACCAAAUAAAGACGACGCAUUCAAGACUCAUCCUUUAAAUUUUUUGAAUGAGAGGACACUUAAGGGCACCUUUUUUGGCAAUUACAAGCCCCGCACCGAUAUCCCUUCUCAGGUGGAAAAGUAUAUGAAAAAGGAGUUGGAACUGGAGAAAUUUAUCACUCACUCAGUCCCUUUCUCGGAGAUCAAUAAAGCGUUUGAUUACAUGCUGAAGGGGGAGUCUAUCCGAUGCAUUAUUCGCAUGGAUGCUUAA